UGGAACAUUAUGAUCGUGAUUAAAAAUUAAUCCUCCUGACUUUGACACAAUAUAGACGCCAUAUAUAACCAUGUUUAAUUUAUAUUCCAGUAUCUAAUCACUGUAUAAUAUAGAUACAUUAAUUGGUCAUUCUGAAUUUUAACUAUUGUUCUCUAUUUACACAAACUCUACCAAUGUCAACUUUCCUUAGGGUUAUGUUGCAUUUACAUAUAGUUCAAAGCGUUCAAACAAUGAAACUGUAGCAUGGAAAAGUUCUAGUGUCAAAUAAACGCGAACGUCACGUACGAAUUCAUUGAACCUACACUCUGUAUGUCAUAGUCUCUUAUGAUGAACAAUUUAUAAUUUUUGUCAUGGAACAGAAUCCAAAAUUUUCUCAUAAUAUUUAUAAAAAAGAUCCUUUACUUUUUAAAAGUUAUGUUGGUAAAGAAGUAAAUAUUUUAAAUGAAGAUGAAACCACAACUUCCGGGAUCGUUUAUACGAUUGAUCCUGUAUCAGAAAGCGUUGUAUUGUUGCAAGGUCAUCAACAGAAUCAUUUAAAAAUUGUUUUCGGACAUGUUAUAAAGAAUAUAGAGAUCUGUUCGGACAAAUUAUGCAAAUUACCGGAAUUAUUUGAGAAUCCACCAACUUGUUUUCUACAAUCGACUUUAAAUGAACGAAAAAAUACAGUUAUUAAAAUGCUUCAGGAGAACAGAUUCCCUGUAAGAGAAGAAAAAGAUAUCUUAAUAAUAGAAGAUGUACUUUCCAUAAGACCGCCAUACAAGCCCAACAAUUGUACUUCCGCAAACAGUAUUGUGUUAGGAAGAAUACAGAAUUUGCUUUCCUCUAUAGAAAUUUGAUACUUCGAAUAUACUAGACAGUAGAAAAAAUAUUGGAGUUCAUUUAUUUAAAAAAAAUGUAUUUUAAGAUAAGGUUCUAUGCUAUGCUGAUUAAUAAUUGUAAAUAAAAGUUUCCAAAAAUAAUUCGAAUUUCAAUGUGUAUUAUUCAUUAGAAUGAACAUGAAUAUUAAAGAAAUUUGUAUUAUUAUUAAAAAAAUAAGUUGAUGUAAAUGAACA